AUGUCGGGACCGGGGUCGGUGUCGAUGUCGGUGCCGGGGGGCGCCRUGCGGGCGGUGGCCCGCGAGCUGCUGCACUACAAGACGGCCAAGCUGGCUCUCACGCGGAACCGGCGCGUGGGGCUGCUGCAGCGCGCGCUGCAGCUCGCCGUGCUGGGCUACGCGCUGGGAUUGGGAUUGAAGGGAGAAAACACGUUUUUUCUGGUGACCAACUUCAUUAGUACAACGAAGCAAGCCCAAGGUACCUGUCCGGAGAGCCCCUCUGUUCUAGAUGGGAUUUGCAGAGAAGAUGCAGACUGUCCCAUGGGAAACCCAGUGGUUCGUGGCAACGGGAUAAAGACUGGGAAAUGUGUGAAGUACAACACCACCCAUUCCACCUGUGAGAUCUACAGCUGGUGUCCUGUGGAGAAUGGCACCCUGCCCAGGAAACCUCUUCUGGCUGAGGCGGAGAAUUUUACCCUUUUUAUAAAAAACACUGUGCACUUCACCAAAUUUAACUUCUCCAAGGACAACACUCUGCAAACCAAUGAUUCCACCUAUUUCAAGAGCUGCAGGUAUGAUCCACUUAUCAGCCCAUCCUGCCCAGUCUUCCGCGUCCGUGACAUGGUGGAGGCAGCUGGAGAGACCUUUGGGAAUCUGGCGUUGCUGGGUGGGUGCAUUGGAGUUGACAUCAAGUGGGACUGUGACCUGGAUCACCCUGCUGCCCAGUGCCAGCCUCAGUACUCCUUCAACCUGCAGGACAGGAACUACAAUUUCAGAACUGCCACCUACUACUGGGAUCACCAAAAAAGGCACUACCGGAGCCUGCUGAAGCUCUAUGGAAUCCGCUUUGACAUCUCUGUGCAUGGCCAGGCUGGGAAAUUUGGCAUCGUUCCUCUUGCCGUGAGCCUCGGCACCAGCCUCGCGCUCCUGGGAGCCGUGACAGUGGUGUGUGAUCUGGUUCUGCUUUACCUGGAUUCAAAGGCUGACUUGUAUUGGAAAGAGAAGUUUGAGGAGAGACCCAAGCAGAGUGCAUCUCCUCCCUCUAACAUCUUGGACUCUUUGACCAACUUCACUCAACCUGACAUGGAAAUUAAGCUCUCAUAAGUUUAGUCCACAAAUGAGUGGAAGAGAGUGACCUGGA